AUGCUUCCCUGCCCCAUGCUGAGGCAGCCGUCUGAGUGGAUGUUUGUCCCUCUGCUCCUUGUCCUGGGUGAGCUCAGCUGCAGCGCUCAGCCCACCUACCAGUGGAAGGAUGCUGUGACCCGGGAGAAGCUGACCUGCCAGCAGUGCCCACCGGGCACCUUCGUGGCACAGCACUGCAGCAGGGAGAGGCAGACCCUGUGCCAGCCCUGCCCGGAUCUGCACUACACUCAGUACUGGAACUACCUGGAGAAGUGCAGGUACUGCAACGUCAUCUGCGAGGAGAAGCAGCUGGAGGUGCUGCAGUGCAACUCCACCCACAACAGAGUCUGCCAGUGCCAGGAGGGCUACUACUCAGAGAUGGAGUUCUGCAUCAGGCACUCCGAGUGCCCACCAGGCUCGGGGGUACAGCAGCUGGGUACCCCCUUCGAGAACACCCAGUGCCAGGCCUGCCCCCCUGGCUUCUUCUCCUCCUCCUUCUCCCGCACCCAGCCCUGCCAGCCCCACCAGGACUGUGAGCAGCAGGGGAUGGUGACCAACGUGCAGGGCAACCAGUACCACGACACCCUCUGCACCUCCUGCAGGCUGGAGGGAAGGAACAGCACACAGGCAGCAGGUGAGCAGGACGAGGACUGCAAGCAAGCCGUGAUCGACUUCGUGGCCUACCAGAACAUCUCCGUCCGGAAGCUGAGGCGCCUGCAGCAGAUCCUGGAGGGCUCCCCGAGGAAGCAGGCGCCGGGCAGCAAGGCAGCCAUGCAGGAGAAGUUCCGGACUUUCCUCACCCACCUCAGGGAAGAGCACUACGAGGUGAUCCGGCAGCUGCUGGAGGCGCUGCGGGCGGCCAGGCUGCACUCCGUGGAGGAGAAGCUCCGCCAGCGCUUCCUGCUGUACUGA